AUGACGGCCACCACGUCGUCAGCCGAGUGGAAUGAAGAGGAUGAAGGCGAGGCGACCACUGACGUCGCUGCGGCUUCACCUGACAGCAGCGCGGACGAGCGCUACGGUUACACCAUCUCCACUGACAUCGCCAACACUGCCAUGGAGGGCGCCGAGGUGGCGGAGCUCCGGCACCUGGACCCGUUCCACGUCGAGGUCUUCGGAAGGCCUUCGUGGUCGGCGCUAACGAAGCGAAUCGCGCGGGAGGUGCAGGCCCAGCUCACCCGAUGCGGACUGCGCAAGCGAGACGUCUCGCGGUACGCUGCUCAGGCAGCCCUCAACAGUGAGAUGAGUCGCCAGACGUACAAGUUGUGGGUGCGUCAAGGGUCGCGCCGCAUUCGUGAAGGAUGGCUGCAUUCGACCACGCCUGCCGAUGCCACUGGCUCGCCUUCACCGCAGUCUCAGCUCACCGUUGCGCCGUCCGAGCAGGUGAUUGUCAAGGGCAAGCUGGACACGCUCCACACAGCCUGCUACCUCGCCCGCUAUGCGAUGGCCGCCUACGGGCUGCCCUUUGAGCUCAACUACUUUUCCAGCUUGCGUGAGCUGUCGAAGCUCAUGGCAGAGCCUCACCGGCGCUACGUCUACGCCAACUCUGAGGAGCAGCUCGAGUCAAUGCGCCGCAUGCUGCAGGGCGAGGAGCCGAACGCGUUGCUUGAGUGUGUGGCAAGUCGCUACUCGCUCCGCGUAGGUCAAUCUUGCUGGGCCCUCUUCCUGGACCACGCUACGAACCGAGUCGUGCUCACCUUCCGCGGCUCGCUGACGCCGGCAGACAUUGCGGUGGAUGUGACAGAGGGCUACGCCAACGUCGUGCUGGAGCGCGCCCCUGUGGAGGUGGCAGCGGCGGCCACCGGCAUCGAGGCGUCGCAGCGACUGUGCACAGCGAUACCGCUCGGCUUCUACGAGUCCGUCGUCGAGGCGGGUACCCAGUUGCUCCCUCUCCUGCGUACCAUCCAUAGCCAAUACAGCACCUACCAGCUCUGCAUCACCGGACACUCUCUGGGCGGUGUCCAGGCCUCUCUCUUUCACCUUCUGUACUGCGGGCCGUGGCGCGCGGCUCUGCACUCGUCAACGACGCUGUUGCGCCGCGCGAAGACGCUCACAUGCCCCUCCUCACUGCCUUCGGCGCCGCCUCCUUCCUCUGCAGCCAUCGCGUCCGCUGAAACAGCGCCGACCACGGCUAGCACUGCCGCGCAUGUGCCUUUUACCAAGACGGUGACUUGCACAUUUGGUGCCGCCCCAGUCGUGGAGCGGCGCGUCACUCCACUGCUGAAUGCGUGGCUGUACCAGGAGGAGCAGCGCACUGGAAGUCGUCUUGUGGCCUUCAGCAACGGCAUGGACGUUGUUUCCCGGCUGCAGUUGCGGUCGCUUCAGGACGCCUUUCUGCAGCAAUACGCGCGGCCGACGGAGGAGAGUCUGUCUAGUGACGACAGGGCUGCCGUCGAUGACACCGGAGCUGCGGUCGCAGGGGUGUCCAACAAGUCCGUACCCCUGCUCGCCAUUCCUGGCUCGUUGUACAACAUGACAUCCGGGACGCGCCGCCGCCAUCUCCUUGCCGUUCCGCUCACUGCCACCGCGGUGCGUGAGCAGGUCGUCCUCAUCCCUGAAGCGGCCUUGCAUCACUACCCCUCGCUCUAUCUGCGCAGCCUGAACGAGCUGCUGCGUCGGUAUAGGGCCAAGUGGCAGUCCAUCUGCGACGAUGCCACGACGACGCCGACCGCCACUGCCACUGCGGCAGCCGUAGCCCUGUCAACAGACAAUCCCUUACGCGAGAGCCGAGGCGGGUGA